UACUGUCCGAUGGGAAACAUCUGACACGGAAGAACUUGCAUAACUACCAAAAAUAUAUAAUGCGUAACUGCAGUUUAGUUUUUUAUGUGUGCCUUUAUAGAUCUACGACUGAUCUGAGUUUUAAUUAAAGUAUUUUUAGUGACACGAGAUUUAAAAUAUUCAGACACCUUGGCGAGCAAAAAGCAGCGCUGCGCCCGCAAUAUGUCUGCGCCCUGUGGCAGUACACACUGAGUGAAGGUCAUGUGGAAGCGUGUGCAUGUGGGGUCACCAAGAAUCUGGACCAGAGAUGUACAGAAGAUAUGGAGCACGUGGAGAUGCAGGCUCUGUUCAUCAGCUUCAGUUAAUACACCACCAACACACACCAGGACUCAAGCAGAGAAAGCCAAACGUAGACGAGAGCGAGAGAAGACUAUACUAAAUAGUGAUGGUAAUGAGGUUGGACUGGAAUGGUCUGAAAAAGAAAAGAUUACAUAUACAGCUGCCCUCUUACCUGGAGAGAAGAAAGACACCUCCCUGCCCUUCCCACAGUCCUACAGCCCAGAAUAUGUGGAGUUCGGCUGGUAUCAAUGGUGGGAGAAACAGGGAUUCUUCAGUCCUGAGCAACAUAGUAAACUUCCUCAUGCGAGAGACGACUAUUUCUCCUUUUGCAUUCCACCACCAAAUGUCACGGGUACUUUACAUCUCGGACACGCGAUGACAGUGGCUAUAGAAGAUGCCUUGGCUCGCUGGCGAAGAAUGCAGGGCUACAAAGUGCUGUGGGUUCCAGGCUGUGACCAUGCUGGGAUUGCGACACAGUCAGUGGUUGAGAGGAAACUGUUACGUGACCAAGGAAAGCUCAGGCAGGACUACAGCAGAGAUGAGUUCCUCCAAGAGAUCUGGAGAUGGAAAAAUGAGAAGGGGGAUGAAAUUUAUCAUCAGCUUAGAAAACUGGGUGCAUCUCUGGACUGGAGCAGAGCGUGUUUCACAAUGGACCCGGGUUUCAGCAGUGCUGUUACAGAGGCAUUUGUCAGACUGUGUGACUCUGGUCUCAUCUAUCGCUCUGAAGGUUUGGUCAACUGGAGCUGUGCAUUAGAGUCGGCCAUCUCAGACAUAGAGGUGGAUUCAAAAGAGCUGUCAGGCAAAACACUCUUGUCGGUUCCUGGCUAUCAGCAGAAAGUGGAGUUUGGGACCAUGGUUACAUUUGCGUAUCCCUUGGAUGGACAGGACGGAGAGGUUCCCGUGUCAACCACACGACCGGAGACGAUGCUGGGAGAUGUGGCUAUUGCUGUGCAUCCCGAUGACCCUCGAUAUAAAGCUCUUCAUGGCAAAUACUGUAGGCACCCGUUUACAGAUCGAUUAUUACCUAUUAUCACUGACACUAUGGUGGAUAUAAACUUGGGCACAGGUGCUGUUAAACUGACACCAGCUCACGACCACACUGACUUCCUGUUAUCUCAGAGGCACACGCUGCCACGGCUCACUGUGAUUGGAGGAGAUGGAACCAUGACCUCACUAUGUGGCCAGUGGUUGGAGGGAGUCAAACGCUUUGAUGCCAGGGAGCGGGUGAUCGAUGCACUGAUGGAAAAGAAGUUGUUUAGGGAAAAGAAGAGUCACCCCAUGUCCUUACCAAUUUGCAGUCGUUCUGGAGAUGUCAUUGAACCGCUGCUGAAGAGACAGUGGUUUGUACGAUGUCAAGAAAUGGCACAAAAAGCAGUUCAAGCUGUCGAAGAGGGCGAUCUACAAAUAAUUCCUCACUUUUAUACCAAAAUGUGGAAGAACUGGCUGUCUAACAUCAGCGAUUGGUGCAUUUCCAGACAACUUUGGUGGGGUCAUCAGAUACCAGCCUAUCGAGUGACGUUACAAAACUCCAACAACACAGAAGAGGAGAAGUGGGUUUGGGGCAGAACCGCCACAGAGGCUCGGGAACGUGCUGCGGUGAAGUUUGGAGUGAAUCCAGAUGACAUCACACUCACACAGGAUCCAGAUGUGCUUGAUACCUGGUUCUCAUCAGGUCUGUUUCCAUUCGCCAUGCUCGGCUGGCCCCAGCAGACAGAAGACCUGAAACAAUUCUACCCCAACUCGAUUCUGGAAACAGGAAGUGACCUCAUCUUUUUCUGGGUGGCCAGGAUGGUGAUGCUGGGCAAAGAGUUAACCGGCCAGCUGCCCUUUAAACAGGUGCUCUUUCACUCUUUGGUGAGAGAUAAAUAUGGGCGGAAGAUGAGUAAAUCUUUAGGAAAUGUCAUUGAUCCUCUGGAUGUUAUUUCGGGUGUCUCUCUGGAGGUACUUCAAAAGAAAAUCAAAGAAGGAAACUUAGAUCCGAGAGAGAGCGUUGUUGCCAUGGAAGCGCAGAAGAAAGAUUUCCCUAAAGGUAUUCCAGAGUGUGGGACCGACGCUUUGAGGUUUGCUCUCUGCUCUUACAAAGCUCAGGGGGACGACAUCAGUCUGUCCGUGUCCCACGUGUUGAGCUGCAGACACUUCUGUAAUAAGAUGUGGCAGGCGGUACGAUUCACCCUCGCCGCGUUGAAGGAUGCGAGUUCGCCCGCAUCAUUAGCCGAGACACACCCUGUGUCCAGUAUGGACAGGUGGAUAUGUUCAAGAUUGUACAGCACUGUUCAGCAGUGUGAACAGGCUUUCGAGAGCUAUGAGCUUCACACGGUCACCUCAGCACUGCAUUCGUUCUGGGUCCACAGUCUCUGUGAUGUCUACCUGGAAAGCAUCAAGCCGGUGUUGAAGCAUGAAAGCUCUGACAGCGAGGAGCAGAGAAUUGGAGAAAGACAGUCGGCCACGUCUGUGUUGUAUCACAGUGUGUCUAUCUCUCUCUCUCUCCUCUCGCCCUUUAUGCCUUUCCUCACAGAGGAGCUAUGGCAGAGACUCCUGCCUUACAGUCCGGACUCCGUCGAAAGCCCCACCAGCCUGUGUGUGCAGCCCUACCCAAAAACAUCACAGCUGGAUCACUGGUAUUUUCCUAAGGAGGAUGCGGAUUUCACUUUGGUUCAGGAAGUGGUCAGAGUGGCGAGGUUACUGAGGGCCCAGUGCCAGAUUACAAAGGAAAAACCAGAUUUGUGGGCAGUGUGUACACCUGAUCAAGCUCAGACCCUUCUGCGCUUCAGAUCCGCUAUCUGCACCCUGGGUCGAAUCUCAGAGCUGCAUCUGUAUUGUCCAGAUGGAGGUUUCACUGAUUCACCUCCACCCAUGGGCAGUGCGGUAGGGGUGGUGGAUCACUCCAUUCGCUUGCAUCUCAACGUUCAGAAUAGCGUUAAUGUUGACAAACAGAGAACGCUCCUCUCUCAGCGCAGACAAAAACUGGACACCAAACUAAAGCAAGCCAUCUCACGUACACAUGUGCACAACUACACCGAGAAAGUUCCUGAUCGUGUCCGGCAAGAGACGAGCAAUAAAAUUGCAGCCAUGGAGGAGGAUCUGAAGAACAUUGAGGACCAACUUUCGGCUUUAGGUGAUAUAAGGAAACAAGACUAAUGGACGAGCAUAGGUGGACAAAUUAAUGUAUAUAUUCUUUAAAAAAGACUUUGGCUCGAGUGACGGGUUUCUUGUAGGGCAAACAAUAAAUGGUUGGUACAUCUUUAUGUUUGUUUUGAUGUAACAUGAAUGUAAAAUAAAGUAUUUAACAAAAUUUUUUAUCAAA